GCUGUUUCUUUCUUAAUUAGUUGGCUGGCUGGAGUGUGCAUGCAAUGACAUUCCAGAAAUUUUUAACAAAACAGAGUACUACUAGCUAGGGAAUCAAAAAAGCUUCUUCCAUAAGAACAAUCAUACCCUCAUUCCCUAUCUUUGCAACCGAAACCUUGUCCAGAACUCUCUCUCCAAUUCUUCUAUCAUCUCUCAAACAAGCAAUGAUUUCGUCACGACCAAAUGUUUCGAUGCCACGCUGGAUGCUGGCAAAGAAGCUCGGCCGUGCUAAAAAGGCAUGGAAGAGCUUCACUGGAAAAAUACAGUCGAAACUCCACGAGCUCAACAUCCCCAAAACCAUCAAAACCACCACUAAACGUCUCAUCGAUUUCCGCUGUUUGCAAUUCUUUGUCCCAUCCAAACUACGCGCUCUCACUAAAACUUCCUCUACAUUUUCUCGAAACCAAUAUUACAACCACCACUACCAACACCACAACAAGUUUCUCCAUAAGAAUGCUGCGACCAUACACAUAGACCAGCUCUUUGCACAGUCUGCCGACUCUGCGCACACCAAGAACCGACAUUUAGAUGCGCAAGCUGAAACAAGUAGAGGCAAAGAAGGGCUCGAUGAAGGAAAUAUUCCAACGAGAAACAGCAAGAGUGUUUAUAGCGUUGAAGAUGCAUGGCAGGCAGUGGUUGCUAGGUCACCACAGCUGCGGGUAGUGGACGAAAGGGCGGAGGAGUUUAUUUACAAGUUUAGGCAAGACAUGAAGCUUCAGAAGGAGAGGUCCAUCCUUGAAUUCCAGGAGAUGUUGGCUCGAAGUGCCUAGAUUGAUUGGCUUUGUCAGUACACUAUUAAUUAUUAGCUUUCACAUUUUCAUUUUUAUCUUUCCUAAUUCAAAAUAUGGAAGUGACAUAAGAAGGUUGAAGAUUUGGGAGUU